AUGUCCGUGUGCGUGUCCUCUGCCGGCGGGACACUCGGUGUCGAUGCGAUGUCACUCUCGCAGAUUGCAUUACCCACGUCGAUGAUGUUGCCGCUGGCCCAUUCCUCAUCGACCAUCGGUGCACACUCAUCGCUACUGAGUCAAUCGAUGGCCGGUGGACAAACAAGCCUCGGCACGAUCAGCACCCUAGACGGAGGCUCUUCACUCGGAGGAUCAUCCAGGGCACUGCAUCACAACAGCACCAACGGCCACGCUAGUCUCAACGGAAGUCUAACCGGGCUGGCACCACUGCACGGUGUGCUCGACGGUCAAAGCACCACCAUCGGCGCCAGCCUGUCCGGGGAUCUUGGGGAUCAUCAGCCAAAUCCCGAAAUGCUAUUGGCACUGAUAUCACGUAACAAGGCUCUCGAAGCAACCAUUCCAAAAUGUGGCGGCUGUCACGAACUCAUCCUGGAUCGCUUCAUCCUAAAGGUGUCGGACCGUACGUGGCACGCCAAAUGUCUCCAGUGCAGCGAGUGUCGGAUACAGCUGAACGAAAAGUGUUUCGCCCGCAACGGUCAACUGUUCUGCAAGGAUGAUUUCUUCAAGCGUUACGGGACGAAAUGUGCCGCGUGUGAUCUCGGCAUACCGCCGACGCAGGUGGUCCGACGGGCGCAGGACAACGUGUACCAUCUGCAGUGUUUCAUGUGUUCGAUGUGCUCCCGGCAGCUCAACACGGGCGACGAGUUCUACCUGAUGGAAGACUGUAAGCUGAUCUGUAAACCAGAUUACGAGGCAGCUAAGGCUAAAGGUCUUUACCUCUCCGAUGGUUCUCUCGAUGGGGAAUCAUCGAACAAGCGACCGAGAACCACCAUCACCGCCAAGCAGUUGGAGACCUUGAAAAGCGCCUACAACAGCAGUCCAAAGCCAGCGCGCCACGUCCGGGAACAGCUUUCGCAGGACACCGGGCUAGACAUGCGCGUCGUGCAAGUGUGGUUUCAGAACAGACGAGCAAAAGAGAAGCGGCUGAAAAAGGAUGCUGGCCGCACCCGAUGGAGUCAGUACUUCCGGUCAAUGAAGGGAACGUCCUCGCCCAGCCGGCACGAUAAGCUGCUCGACAAGGAUGAGCUGAAGAUCGAUCUGGAUAGUUUCAGUCAUCACGACCUCAGCAACGAUAGCUACAGUACGUCCAAUAUGGGCCUGGAGGACGGUGCGUCACCGCACAGUGCCCGAGGGUCUUACAUACACGGCAACGGAAGUCCCCCGCCGUACCUUUCCAGCCACUCGCCUCCGCCCAUGGGACCCGGCCACCCGUACGGUUCCUACCCGGACAAUAUCGUCUACACGCCACUAGGUCAACCACUAAGCUCGAUGCACCCUGGUGCUCGCCGCCCUGGGCUGCACGGUAGCGCAGUGUCGGACCUCAGCAACGAUUCUAGUCCCGCGCACGGCUAUCCCGACUUCCCGCCGAGUCCCGACUCCUGGCUCGGUGAUUGUCCGCCACCGCAAACGCAGCUUCCAGCUGCCGGGGCACCGGCGGCACCAACCUCCGUGCAACCGCCACCACAGCCACCCUCGCUCGUCGGGGUGAUCGGUCAGCAGCCGACCCAGAAUGGAACGUCCGCCCUGCACUACUGAUGCAGGCGCAAAGGAGUACCGGCGAAGCAUUGGCCGCUGCGCAGUAGUUUGCACUAGUUCACGAGCACCGCGAGUCACGUUCGGAUACGUUUGCAAAAAACCAAAAAACCAAAAAUGUUUCCCAUUUUGUGUCAUUCCCGUGUAGUUCUGUGGUAAUCGAAUGUGCCAUACCCGGGGCCGGUUGGGAAGGAUUCAUGCGUUGGGUUGUACUUCCUUUGUAAAGCAUUCCCCCCCCCCCCUUACGCACCAACAAAACAAUCAACCAUAGCGAGUACAUUGCAGUCUUUAAUGAGUGUAGAACUAGUCGUAGAGAAUGUGUGAGGCGGACCGUGUAACGUAAUGUAAGAGAACAAAAAUACCCAUAAAUCAUCCGGUGCUAGUCGUCUUGGACACCGAUAGUUAGAGAGCAUUAGCGCGUUGCUGGCCGACACCCGGCAGCGGUAAGCGAAGCGAAGUGCGAUAGUCCAAUCCCAUACGUAAAACAUGUCCGGUUCGGUAUUGGUACAGACCCGGCCACUGUGUUAGGUCCGAAUGCGUC